UAUGGCCAAGGGGUACACCGAAAAAUGUAGCCAUAUUUAGGCCUGUCUAAUGAGAUGGCGCUGUCCGAUUCGUGGAGUAGUCUGUCGGAUAACCCCAACUAUCCGUGUAGCUUGGACAUGCAUACGCAUUAUGGAGGAUCGAGCAUCCGUCUCGCAUGCCUGUAAUAUAUUCAGAAUAGCAGUUAUUUCCCCGACGAUCUCUAGGUGUCACCUUGGGGUACUUUACCUGAACCCCUCACCGUGUUUUGCUCCUGGAUCUUUUCUUUACUUCGCUCGUCACAACGGCUCAUAUAAUCUGAUAUAAACUUAAUCAUAUAUCAGAACACAUAUCCAAGCAAUUAAGCACUUAUAAGAGCCUCAUUUCAUAUCUAUACAAAAUGACCUCAAGCUCUAGUGCCUCAAACGAACCGGCGAAGCCGUCUCCUCAGCUUUCCCCUGAUCUGCCGAGCACUACCACGUACCUGACAGGUCACAAUGACGAGGGAAAGGCAAUUGUUCAAUCGGCGCGGCCGGCAGCGUGGAAGGCCUUUGAAGGGGGUAUUAUGGGUUUCAACCAGAUUUAUACCAACAAAUUUCUGCCCGAUUUGAACGACGAUGCCGAUAUAAAAUUCCACGACGAAAUAAUCGCGGGAGGAAACCUCGGAUUAGCUACUAAAGGCGGGACUGUCUGCCGCAUGGUCGACUUCGGGCCGCAAUAUGAGUGUAUGAUGCACAGAACCAAGUCGCUGGACUUUGGUAUAUUGAUCGAGGGAGAACUGGAAUUGAAACUAGAUGACGGCAGUAUCACGAAUAUGAAGCGCGGUGAUAUAGCAGUUCAGCGAGCAACGAUGCACGCCUGGCGCAAUCCUAGUACCACUAAUUGGGCUCGUAUAGUGUUUGUGCUUCAGGAUACGCAGCCAUUGUUUAUCGGAGGGAAGAAAUUCGGAGAAGACUACGGUAGAGGUACUAAAGACCUUCCGCCGAGUGGAAACGACGAGGAAUAAACUGGAUGAUGCCUCUUGCUAGAAGCGAGAAAA